AUGCCUUCUAAAAGAAAGCGUGCAGCAAAGGCCGCAGCUGUCGUACCCAAGGCCCCCCCGACCGAAUCCGUUGUCCCCUCGACAGCUGAUACGGCUGAUCCCUCCGCUGCCGAUCUUUCCAAUGCCUUGGCCGACUUUAUGAAAUCGGGAGCAAACAUUGCCGCCACUUGCGGCGGGUCCAUUCCUCUGUCUGAUUUCGCCGCUUUGGUCUCACGGAUCGAACGAAAGCCUGCGAGCCAGGCCGAUGACACAGAAAAAGGGCCGAAGAAAAAGGGCAAGAGGGGGAGCAUGUCUACCCUGACGACGACAACGACCACAAGAAUGGACCCCAGUCCCAUCGUAAUCGACUGGGAAGACCAUAGCCGCUGGACGAACAGGGUGAUGUUCCCGAUCCCGGACCGCGAGAUGGACAGCACGAUGACAAUCGGGGACUUUUUGGAGCACUGUGACCCCAUCGUGCUUGGAAUGCCAGGCGAUGAUGGGUACGGCGAAGGUGCGGAUGACGCCUGGACCAUGGACGCUCUCCGCGUUACGACCAACCUAUGUCCGUACUCGAUGGGAAUCGUGGAUCGGGUUGAGCAUCUCUUGCUGCCCAAUGCCCGCCACAUGGGGCCCAAUGGCAUCAAGGACGGAGGCUUUGUCAGGGCCGAGCUACACAACAUCAACGUGUACGUCGGACACCCGGGCUCCUCCAAGAUCCGAAUCGAAAUUCCCGGCGCGGAGAACCAGUUCGGGUCGCUGGUUCUAUUCCUGCCGAGCGAGUACGAGGGCGGUCAGCUCACCGUGAACCACGCCGGUUCUUCCACAAAGUACGACUGUGACAAGACAAGAAAUUCUCAGGCCCUGCACUGGGCAGCCUUUCUCAGCGACUGCGAACACGAGAUCUCCGGGGUCACCAACGGCCACUGCGUGAUCGUGACUUACAAUCUGUACCACCAUCAACGAAUUGCAUUCGUUCCCGGCGGUGAAAAAGACCCUCUUCAAGGACUGGGCCUCAAGCCGGCGCCGGUGGACUUUACAAGCCUUGCGCCGUACAACAUUCUACAAGACCUUCUCAGAAACCCGAAGUGGAUGCCAAACGGCGGGACGCUGGGCAUCCACUGCGCUCACGCGUACCCAAUUGGGGUCUCGAACCUCGCGGACAGCGGCGAGGCUCAAAGCCAGCUCAUCAGCGACUGGCCCGCCGGUUUUGGCAUUGCUUCUCUCAGGGGCACCGACGCGUCAAUGCACGCCGUCCUCGGUAAACUGGGUCUGCAUGCGGAGGUGGGUCUGAAAGAACCGGCCGCGGGACUCAGUCCCGAUAUCGAGUGGGUCAACGGACCGAUAGUCAAGCACUGGGCCCCCAAAGGCGUCGUAAGUCCUUGCCUGCAAUCCCCCCCCCCUCCACAGAGGAGAGCUACGUUCAGGUUGUGA